GCAAAAGCUAAAAAUGUCAUUGAUUCCCAGUUUCUUCGGGGGCCGAAGGAGCAGCGUCUUUGAUCCCUCCUCUCUCGACGUCUGGGAUCCUUUCAAAGAUUUUCGUUUCCCCUCUUCUCUGUCAACUUCUUCUGGGGAUAAUUCUGCAUUCGUGAGCACACGGGUGGAUUGGAGGGAGACCCCAGAGGCGCAUGUGUUUAAGGCGGAUCUCCCAGGGCUGAAGAAGGAUGAGGUGAAGGUUGAGGUCGAAGAUGACAGGGUGCUUCAGAUCAGUGGAGAGAGGAACGUAGAGAAAGAAGACAAGAACGACACAUGGCACCGCGUCGAGCGAAGCAGCGGCAGAUUCAUGAGGAGGUUCAGGCUGCCGGAGAAUGUUAAAAUGGAUCAGGUGAAAGCUUCCAUGGAGAACGGUGUGCUCACUGUGACUGUUCCUAAGGCAGAAGUUAAGAAGCCCGAUGUUAAAGCCAUCCAGAUUUCUGGCUAAAACAAGGAAUGCAUCCUACUGUUUUCUGUGUUCGUAUUCGACGUUGUGUUAAUUUGUCUUAGUAUAGAAGGUUCAUGUCUGCAUAAUAGGGUGUUCUGCUUUCCGGUGUGGAUGGAAAAAAAAAAAACAGAGGAUGGAAAAAAAAAAAACAGAGGAUGGUCGUCUAUUCUAUAAUAUGUUAUAUGUGCCUGUAAGCUUAACUUCAAUAAAUGAUUUCAUAACGUUGCUUUUGGACGUAAUUGCCUUUUCUC